AUUAGUGUGUGGAUCACAAAACUCUGUGCGCUUCGUGUCCUUGUAAGUUGUAACGAAAAAUGAGAAGCACUCCCUUCGCCAUUGUUGUCAGCUUCCUUCCACCAACGAUUCAUCUCUAAUCUUCACUAUCAGAACUCUUCCCUAAAUUGCUGCACUCUAAUCUUCGCUAUUCCUCUCCUCGAUUCAGUUUCAGAUGGCAAUGAUUCUCAAAGGAGGACGCGGAAUUGGAGUUUCAACUGCUACUUACUUUCCUCACAAUUCCAAACCUUCCCCAGUUUUCUCCCUUCACACGAUGGUACAUAAGCUUGCAGCUGAACGCAAAGUCGUAUGCUGCUCUACCUUGCAAGAAUCAUCUACUCCAACAGUUGCGGCCGAGCCAAAGGAGAUAAAGACAGUCCCGAAGGAAGCUCCAGCAAAGGCCAAACCGCCAGCAAAAGCUCCAGUGAAGCCACUGCCUGAGUUGAUGGAGGAAGAUGUCAUACCUUCGCUGAAAGCGAUUCUUGAAGCACAAGCCGAUGUCUCCGAUAUUGGACUAUCGUUCCAAGACAACAGAUUGGAUGGUUCAUUCUUGAAAAAUGGAGUUCCUUACACAUUUUGGGCUUUUUUCCCCAAUGGCCUCACAGGUCCCAAAGGGUUUUCACUAUCUUCAUAUGGCAAUGGAGGAAGCUCUGUUGAACCCUUUCUGGUCGAUGAGAAGAAAGUUACAGCAAAGCUUAUAGUUUUCUGGAUUGAGAAGCGUUUGGCUGCACAAGGAAUUAUUCCAGUCUGGAAAAACUAAUCAACAAAAAAAAUUAUUUUUUUUCUUUUCUUUUUAAUUUUUUUGGUUGGGGCUUCUUUGCAAAUGAUGUAUAGCAUAAUUCUCCAUUCUAUUGCAAUUUGCUCCUUCAACAAUGUUAGCUGAUCCUAUGAAAUGUAUCAACUUUUUAGUCCCAGAAGAUAAUUUUCUCCCUUUUAUACUAUUAGGAGCUUAAUAUGAUCCUUAACUAAAAGAAUGUAAAUUCCAUAAAAUUUUCAAUUA